CUUAACGCCUGCCCCCGCAUCAAACUCAGCCGCAUAAUUCCGACGACACCACCGGCAGCGAGACCCAAACCCACCGCGCUUAGCUCGCUUUACGGCCUACUAAUACACAGUAAUUUAAUUACUAUCAAUUGAUUAUUCGUGAAAAAACGGCGGAGUCAGGUCGGCUGUGAAUAUGGAAGGCGGAGGACGACGGUUGUGGCGGCUCAGCCGCUGCGUGAUGGCCGCUGCAUUUCAGAAAACCAAGCCUCGAUACGCGAGUCUACGGAUAAAUGUUUGCUGCUACCAGAACCGGUUAUUCGGCCGCGGCUACUCCAGCUCGCACGGAUUUGCGCCGUCGCAGCCGGAGCUUUCUCACGAUCUCGUCAACAUCAUGGAGCAAAAGUUAUCCGCCAUUGAAAGCCGGCAUGCUCAUCUUCAAUCUGUUGUCAACCAGCCGGAUGCCUUGCCGGGAGAUUAUUCCACCGCGAACAAAGAGCUUAAGAAGCUCCGGCAUACAAUGGAUGUGGUGGCUGAGUUGAGAAAGAUAAACAAGGAGAUUGAGGGCCUGAAAUUGGUGAUAUCUGAAGCCCAAGAUGACAAGGAAAUGCAUGAAAUGGCUUCUGAAGAAUUGGGGCAGGCGUCUGAGGAGGAGAAGCGCCUUCGCUAUUUGUUGCUCAAGUCCUUGCUUCCUAAGGACGAUGCAGAUGAACGCGAUUGUAUCUUGGAAGUUAGAGCAGGAACCGGUGGGGAAGAGGCUUCUUUGUUUGCGAUGGACAUAUUCAAAAUGUACGAGAAAUACUCCCAGAAGAAGGGAUGGAAAUUUGACAUUCUGGAUGUCGCAGAAUCUGAUCUUAGAGGGUACAAGGAAGCUAGUGCUGCAAUAUCUGGUGCAGAUGUGUAUGGGAAACUGAAAUUCGAGAGUGGGAUUCAUAGAGUGCAGGUUGAUGUACAUUUAAGGAAUGAAGACCUGAAAAUCGACACGUAUAGGUCUGGUGGUUCAGGUGGUCAGCAUGCGAAUACCACAAACAGUGCUGUCAGAGUCACUCAUGUACCGACAGGGUUAACUAUUGCCAUACAAGACGAACGAUCCCAACAUCAGAACAAAGCCAAAGCACUUAAGAUACUGUGUGCCAAAUUGUAUGAGAUGGAACGAACUAGGGCAGCUGCAAGUCGUUCGAGACUUAGAGCAGAGCAAAUAGGAAGUGGGGACAGAUCAGAACGCAUACGUACAUACAACUUUCCCCAGGGUCGUGUUACAGACCACCGUGUGGGUAUCACUACCCACUCAAUAGAUGGUAUGAUGCAAGGAGAGAGUCUCGACACUUUUGUCGAUGCUCUUCUGUUGCAGCAGGAAAUGGAUGCUAUCGCAUCUUUAACCUCUAAACAGUAACCAAAAUUUGAGUUUUUUUUUUUUUUUUUUA